AUGCCGAAGAAUAAGGGAAAAGGUGGCAAGAACCGUCGUCGUGGAAAGAACGAAAACGACAAUGAGAAGCGUGAGCUCACAUUCAAGGAGGAGGGUCAAGAAUACGCCCAAGUCCUGAAGAUGUUGGGUAACGGCCGUCUCGAGGCUCUCUGCUUCGACGGAACGAAACGCCUCGCACAUAUCCGUGGCAAGCUUCGCAAGAAGGUCUGGAUCAACCAGGGAGACAUCAUCCUGCUGUCGCUCCGUGACUACCAAGACGAGAAGGGCGACGUGAUCCUCAAGUACUCCGCCGACGAGGCCCGUUCCCUGAAGGCCUACGGCGAGCUGCCCGAGAGCGCCAAGAUCAACGAGACCGACACCUACGGCCAAGAAGGCGAGGGCGACUGCAACUUCGAGUUCGACGAGGACAGGAGCGACAGCGAGGACAGCGAGGCCGGCCCCGGCGCAAAGGAUAUCGAGAUCGACGACAUCUAG